AUGCCUGAAAGGCUCGAAAUCGACGGGCGAUCCCCCAUAUCGUAUGACUCUGCUCAUGAGGAGGAAUACAAUGUUAUCAACAGACUGAGCUAUCUUCCCGCAAUCCAUAAGCUAUACGAUGACCUCUGGGCGCAAAGAAAUUCGAUCGCAGCUCUGGUCAAGCACCACCUCAGGCUACGGAGCCAAGACACUUGUUCUGUUCUACCUACGGACCAAUGGAUUCGAGGUGGCUUCAAUUUGUGCGUCUUGGUCCAGGUGGUGUCUUCUGGUGUGUCCAGGAAACUUGUGUUUCGUUGCCCUAUGCCACACAAGGUGAAGGGCAUCGUGGACGAGAAGCUUAGCUGCGAGGUAGGGGCGUAUGUAUGGAUGCAGGAGAAUUGCCCAGCUAUUAGGAUCCCGCACCUAUUUGGAUUUGGCUUCACAGACGGACGUUCUUUUACCCAUGCGAAAUGCCGGCCGUUUCAUAUUCGUGUUAGGCGUGUAUUCUGGCGCUUUAUUCGCAAUUUCCUACAACUCCCGCUCCUGUCACAGUAUACAUAUCAUCCUGCAACCGACAAAACACACUAUGCCUACACGCUUUUGGAAUAUAUAGGCCCUGAGACUGGAGAAAUGUUGCAGAAUACCUGGGAAAAGCAAAGAAGUAAUCCUGCUCAACGGCGGAGGCUCUUUCGUGGUAUGGCCAAGAUAGUACUAUCGCUGGCCCGUAUCCCUCAACCGAAAAUCGGCUCCUUUCAGUUCAAUUACGAUGGUACUAUAACACUAUCAAAUCGAGCACUAUCUUGCUCUAUUGCGAUCCUAGAGAACGAUGGGGCGAAGAGAGUCAUGCAGAAGAAUGAUACAUAUAACUGCACCGAUUCCUUCGUUUCAGACAUGAUUACCUUCCACGACAACCGAUUCCUUAAUCAGCCAAAUGCGAUUAAUAACGAGAACGAUUGUCGGGGCCAGAUGACUGUAAAAGCUUUACUUAGGGUCAUAGCCCCUCGAUAUAUCCAACGGGGUUACCGCUGUGGCCCGUUCCUCCUCCAGCUUACUGACUUCAGCCAAGGCAACAUCUUUGUUGACAGAGACUGGAACAUCACAUGUUUGAUUGACUUGGAGUGGAUUUGUGCACUGCCCGUGGAGAUGCUUAAUGUGCCUUACUGGCUUACGGGGUGUGCAAUCGAUGAGAUUCAAGGAUCACAUUAUAAUGAGUAUGACGAGGUCAGGCAAGAGUUUAUCCGCAUAUUGGAAGAGGAGGAGCAGACCAUAAUUGCCACGCACAAAAUUUCAGUGUCUAGGAAUAUGAACAAGAUGUGGGAGACGAAGGGGAUGUGGUUUUGGCAUUGCAUAUCGUCGGUAAAUGCUAUGUACUACCUUUUAGAAACCCAUCUUUGUCCGCUAUCCACCGCUGCUGAGAAAGUCAUAUCGAAUUUCUGGGAUAAGAAUGCAGGGGAGGUAGUUGAAAAGAAACUUGCUGACAGAUCAAAAUAUGACGAGGAGCUUAAGGCUUGUUUCGUGUCAGCAGGAAGUUGCCAUGACAGGCCGAACGUACCAUAG